CAGCUGGCUUGGAUAGCUGCAAAAAGCAUUUCAUAUUUUUGGUGUCUAAAAUGAACACUCCAGGGGUGCUUGUCUUCCACUGAACCUGUUUACUUUGUGCUUCAUACGUUAGGUAAGAGGAAAUUAGUUCUCUGUGUGCUAGAAAUAUCAGUAUGAAAGCGCUAACCUCACAGACUGAGCUCUGAUCAGGGAGCUCAAAAGCCCCUUUGAUCUGAAUUCAUUGCAAACACCUAGCUCACAGACCCCUAUAGAUUUCUAGUUUUAAAUUAGUGCCUAAUGAAGUGAAGUUUAUCUCUGAAAACCUUUGUCACAGCUGGACAUAACUAGCAAUAGUUACUUGCAAGACUACAACUUAAGGGGAAAACUAAAUGAAUCUCAGCAGGUUAUCCUUCUAGGACAAAGUUGAAAUGUGCUUUUAUAGGUAGCAUAAUAAAGCAUAGCCUUCAUCCAGGUCCCUAGACUACAUCACAAAAACAGCAUGAAAUUUGCCUCUUAUUAGUAGUCGCUGCAUAGAAGCAUCAGAGUAGAAAGAAGAAGCUACAUCAGUCAAGGGUUAUAUUCUUCCAUGGUUAUGAGAGGAGUAAUAUGUGCAUCAUUCAUCUAUGGUCAAUCAGAGAACACUAUUUCUAGGAAGCUCCAAGAUAAUUUCUUGUUCACCUAAUUAAGUUUUUAACAGUCAAAGCACAACAGCUUUUCAUUAUUUAGUCCAUCCAAACCACACAGUUUCUGUUGAGAAUUGUUAAUGAUACAGUAGCAUAAGUAGAUUCAAGUACCUACUAUUUUUCUCACAUGUUGAAUCCCCACCCUUCUUAUCAUCCACAAUCUGAGAGGACAGCCCUCCGCCCUCGGGCAGGAUGACUUCUAUGUCAUCACAUCCCAAGCUCUUUGUGAGAGGACUGUGGUGCUGUUGCAGCAGUUACUAGUCAGAGUUUCUUCUUCAUCAGUCUAGGGUUUUACUCAAUAUUAUUUUUAUGUGUUCCAGACAGCUUAUUUGCUAAUAAACCUGUGUGUUUGCAGCACUAAUUUAGUUAUGCCACAUUUGUUUAAAUCUGUGAAUCCUUCUGUGUGUACAGGGGGACUUCUUUCAUGGUACAAUCCACAUGACUGCACACAGACAAACAAAACUUGACUCAAAGUUGAAAAAUUCUUAAGUGCUAGCCAGAUGAUUCUCAAAGGACAAAGACACAGGUCAGGCAGCGAAUGCCUAGGCACUGGCUAAUUUUGUCAUUGUGUGUAGGACCAGCUGGGUGAUAGGCAUCUCUCCAGACCUGAGAGGAAGUUGCAGGCAAGAGUUAUGUAAAUAAUUGUACAAGUACCACUAAAAUGAAGCUCAAAUUAACCAGUUCAGAAGAGAUCUAACAAGGCCUGAGGUGGCUUUUAGGUUUUAUAAGUGCUAUGAAGCCUGACUCCCCAUACUAGCACAUGGCCUCAUGCAGUCCGCUGUACCACAGGAGUUAAGGCACUUCCCUCAGUCCUUGCUUGCAGCAUGACUUACUCUGCAAGUGUCUCAGACACACCCUCCUUUAAUGAGCACCUUCAGUAUUCUUUUUUUUUCUUUUUUUCCUUCUUUUGUAAUGGGUUAUUGAGUGUCUUUGUUUAGUCACCUCCAUUGAAAAAGUCCUUGCCUUUGGUGACUAAUCCUGUGAAGUAGAACAUUUGGAGAAGGGCAGUUAAUUUAAUAGAGGUUAUCGUGUCUUCUGCUAUCCUCGGUUUUAACAUGAAGGCAAGAAUGAAUAAAUCUAACUGCGAUUUCCAUGGAAUCUUUUGUGCUGCUUUGGACGCUGUGCUGCCUAAACACAGCCAGUUCAUUUUACCUUGCUAUCUUUGUCCCUCAGAGUUAGUUUUCAUGUCUUAGAAGUACAAAGAUAUAUUCUAUAAAACCUUCUCAGGUGUUUGGUUCUAAAAAUCACGUAAAAUAUCUGCGUGCAGUAAAAGCAAAGAAUUAAUUUGUCCUUAAUGCAAAUUGUAAUUAGAGAUGCAUGAGUUCUUCCUUCCUCAUCUGAGCCAUUGUGUAUGUGUAUGUGCGAACAAGCUCCAUCCCUUUAUAGCUAUAAUGUAUGCAAUAAAUGUUAAAAUUAACCUUUUCAUUGUUAAGGAGCUCUUUUUUUUUGAAGAUAAUACAUCAUUAAGGUUUGCCUUAACAUGCUGUUGUGAAUAGGAAAAGCAAAAGCCUAGUUUCAUACCACCUCACAGAGUCCCAAUGCCAUAAACCUAUCACAAACAUGAUUAGUCCUAUUUGCAGAGUAUACGGUGCUUAUCUCUGCUUUAGUUCUAGGAGACCCACCAAGAGUGAGAAAAGCCUCCUUUACUUUUUGUGGUAGGAAAAGCUGUUUUAUGUCCUCUUACAUCUGGAGGGGAAACACUGGAUAAACAGAUCCUUUGACAAGCCUGGUGAUAGUAAGGGAAAAUCUGCUUUUUGUUGCUCUCACGAUUCAUAAUAGGUUUUAUUGUUUUGGUUCUAGUGAAAACACAUGUGCCUGCUUUGAAAUGGUUCUGUAAAACUGGCAGAGAUCUCCUUUACCUGCAGACUUUUAACUUCUCCCCUUUCCUAUCCUUACCACACAGGCCCGUGACGGAGGGUUAGACCGGAUCAGUGGAGUCAUGCAUCACACAGCUGUAUCAUGCUGGCAGCCAUUCCUGGGUCUGGCUGUGCUGCUAGUCUUCACGGGCAACACCAUAGGCUGCCCAGCCCGCUGUGAAUGCUCAGCACAGAACAAGUCUGUCAGCUGUCACCGAAGGCGUCUGAUGUCCAUACCAGAGGGCAUUCCCAUUGAGACCAAAAUCUUGGACCUCAGCAAGAACCGACUGAAGAGUGUCAACCCUGAGGAAUUCACAUCAUACCCUUUGCUGGAGGAGAUUGACCUCAGUGACAAUAUAGUCACUAAUGUGGAGCCUGGAGCCUUUAACAACCUCUUCAACUUACGCUCCUUGAGGCUGAAAGGAAACCGUCUGAAGCUGGUCCCCCUUGGGGUGUUCACUGGGUUGUCAAACUUAACAAAGCUUGAUAUAAGUGAAAACAAGAUUGUCAUUUUGCUCGACUACAUGUUCCAAGACCUACAUAACCUGAAAUCCCUGGAGGUUGGGGACAAUGAUUUGGUUUAUAUAUCACACAGGGCCUUUAGUGGACUGCUUAGCCUGGAGCAGCUCACCCUGGAAAGAUGCAACCUCACAGCUGUACCAACAGAAGCUCUUUCUCACCUCCACAAUCUCAUCAGUCUGCAUCUGAAACAGCUCAACAUUAACGCUUUGCCGGCAUAUGCCUUUAAAAGACUUUUUCGCCUGAAAAACCUAGAGAUAGAGGCCUGGCCCCUCCUGGACAUGCUACCUGCCAACAGUCUGUAUGGUCUCAACCUUACUUCUCUUUCUAUCACCAACACCAACCUGUCUGCAGUACCUUACUCUGCUUUUAAACAUCUGGUUUACCUGACGCAUCUAAACCUCUCUUACAAUCCUAUCAGCACCAUUGAAGCAGGCAUGCUUUCAGAUUUAGUGCGCCUGCAGGAACUCCACAUGGUGGGGGCCCAGCUACGUACCAUUGAAUCACACGCUUUCCAAGGGCUCCGAUUCUUACGCGUGCUUAAUGUGUCCCAAAACCUGCUAGAAACCCUAGAAGAGAAUGUAUUCCAUUCUCCUAAAAGCCUUGAGGUCCUCUGCAUUAACAACAACCCUCUAGCCUGUGACUGCCGUCUCCUUUGGAUUUUACAAAGGCAACCCACUUUGCAGUUUGGCAGCCAGCCACCAAUGUGUGCUGGCCCAGACAGUGUCAAAGAGAGGUCAUUCAAAGACUUUCACAGCACAGCUCUUUCCUUUUACUUCACCUGUAAGAAGCCCAAGAUACAAGACAAGAAAUUGCAGUACCUGGUAGUGGAAGAAGGGCAGACAGUGCAAUUGAUGUGCAACGCUGAUGGGGAUCCACAACCUACCAUAUCCUGGGUUACCCCACGUCGGAGGCUGAUCACAGCUAAAUCUAACGGAAGAGCCACUGUGCUAGGAGAUGGCACCCUGGAGAUUCGAUUUGCUCAAGACCAGGACACUGGGAUCUAUGUUUGUAUUGCAAGUAAUGCAGCUGGGAACGACACCUAUUCUGCUUCCCUUAUGGUAAAGGGGUUUACCUCAGACCGUUUCCUUUACGCCAACAGGACCCCCAUGUAUAUGACAGACUCCAAUGACACAAGUUCCAAUGGAACUAAUGCAAACACCUUCUCUCUGGACCUUAAGACAAUAUUGGUGUCAACAGCUAUGGGCUGUUUCACAUUCCUUGGAGUGGUUUUAUUUUGUUUCCUCCUUCUUUUUGUGUGGAGCCGAGGGAAAGGCAAACACAAAACCAGCAUUGACCUUGAGUAUGUCCCUCGCAAAAACAAUGGUGCUGUGGUUGAAGGGGAGGUUACUGGACCACGGAGGUUCAAUAUGAAAAUGAUUUGAUGGUAUUUUGCUAGCAGUGCUUUUUCUGUGGCAUUAAAACCAAUUAAACCAGCCUGGCAUGUGGAAUUGCUAGGCAGAUGCAGCUUAAUGCAGCUGUCACUGUAUCAAAAGGUUACAUGAAAAUGAAAAGACUAUUUGUGGUUAUACAGCAGAGCCUCCAGACCUUGAGGCAGAUAUGUCAGGGCCUUUCAUAGAACUGGGAAAUUGUACUAACUGUUUGCAUUGCAAAUAUUGGCAUUCUGGGGAUAUCAGCAAUGAACCACUGGCUCAUGCUCAUGGACAAUUGUUCAACAUUUUCUACCACUACAAAAAUAAAAGAAAAAAAAACAACAACAAAAAAAAAAAGCCUACAGUGUAGGAUUUACAUACUUAAGGAAAAAGACACAUUUGUCUAAAACAUACUCUACAGUGAAAUUUGUAUCUAUAGAUCUCAUUUGGUAAAACCUUUCAUCACCCCUUCUAGUUGGUUCAACACCACAAAAAAUUGGUAGGCUUUUUGGGUUUUUUUUUGUGUUUGUUUUUUUUAAUCUACAUCUAUACUGUGUACUUUUUAAAGCAAUACAAAUGAGAGGUUAUGCUUUUAGGUGUCCACCAAUACUGACCCAAGUGUGAUGUCACCCUCCUUUUAAAUACCAUCUAAUCCAAAUUAGACACUUGCAGUUACCAAUUAGAAAUAACGUAUUUUUUCUCCUCAUGUAGAAGGCCAGAGAUGAAUAGUUAAGAGCAAAGAUGUUCAGCUCUGUUGAUCUUCUCUUCAUAUAAAUAUAAGGCAUGUGCCUAGUUUUGAUACAGAAUGGAAUAUUUUUUAUAUCUGUGAUAUCACACUGGACCAGUUUACUGUAACAGAGCCCUGGAUCUCACCCAGGGAAGGCAACCCACUAGACAUUUCUGGCAUAGAGGAGCUGAGUUCUACCUUGAAGAGAGAGAGCUGUUUUUGUUAGUCCUGAUUUUAAUGUCAAAGCCACUGCUAAAAUGUUAACGUAUACUGGGCAAAAAGAAAGAAAGCAUUUUACAUAAUCCUUGGGAAAUAUGGUUGUAUUACUAUUUAUAAAAGUAAACUAAAACAUACAAAUCCUCUGCUACUAGGAACGAACUCUUCUCCAAUGCCAAGUAAACGACGGUUGUCCAUGUAUAAUACGGGGAUCGUAAAGCUAAAAUAAUGUUUUAAAACAUGAUAGCCUCAAAAAGGCUAGCAUACUGCCAGAUAAAUGAACCUCUAGCCACAGUCAUUCUCAUCUUGUAUAUUUGUAGAUAACAGAUAAACACAAAGCUAAUUUCCAAGAACAGAUUACUUACUUAGCUCUUCUUGAUGCCAUUUUAAUAACUAUGUGGUUAUGUUUCUUUCAGGGGCAGUAUCUUAGAGGAAGAGGGGCAAGUUUUUCCAGGUUUUAGGAAGCUUUUUAAUGGAGGGAAGACAGAAGUGGAAUGUUAGUUCAGUAGAAGUAACCUUUUUUUGUUUUUUUUAUGUCUCAAAACAAAUCCUCAAAAGGCUCAGAACUGAAACUUUAUUCUUUAUCGUUGAUACUACUGAUCUUACUUUCAAAUUCUCAGUAACAGGAAGAUACAGAGUUAUUCAGCCACCUCUCAAUUUUCCAGCAAUUAUGAGCCAUAGGUUUGUUGCUAAGUGACUGAUAAUAAAUACAAUUUAUAGAUGUUUGACAUAACUUGGAACAAGGAUAAUAAUGACUAUGUACGUUUAACCAAAAUUAAUAUGAAAAUAUUAUAGACAGAAUAUUCAGAUUAAUGUGAUUUCAGAACCUGUGUCCAAUCUUAAAAUUAAAUUUCAGCACUUUAAAACCAAAGUGAGGCUGACCUGUAAUGGGAUGUAGACUUUUAUAAAAUCAGUAUCCACAAUCUUUGGCAGAGAUUUUCUAAGCAGGAUAAAAAUCUCCCACUCCUAUAAAGGGCAACGUGCCAAAAGUAAAAUCCAGCUGCACUUCCCUGAUGUACCCCUGACAUAGCUGUAGGACCCAAGGCUAGGCAGUUUUGAGAAUCUCUUUUCUUAGUGAUUGAUCCGUGGUUGCAUCAUUGCUCCAUUUUAGGUCGCCAGACUAAGAAGGAUGCAAGGGUUGUUAGAGUUGUUAGAAUUUUCUUCACUUUAGCUGGUUUUAAAUUUAGAAGUGAGUUUUCUUGCUGCUUUUUUUUUUUUUUUAUUUAAUGCUCUGAACUACUUAGUUGGAGAUUUAUGGAGAUGCUUGAGACUAAUCCUCUUUGUUCUGUGACAAUUUGUAGAACAUUAAUAAAAAGGAAUAACCCCUGACUAAAUUCUAACACCAGGGAAAUUAUUUUUACUGAUAUAGUAACCACCGCACUGAAGUCCAAAAUUCUAGUGUACCUUAAUAUGGGCAGUUAAAGAAACAAAUGGGGAUAAAACAAAAUGUUUCUGAACUGCCCAUUGAAGACAUUUGCAUGUGCCUUUCCCUUGUAAUUGUCAUUUUUUUUCUAUCAGUAAUUUAUUGCCCCCACAGUCACUUCAUGUUAAAUGUUGAAAUCAAUGUUAGAAGCAAAAAUUCUCCUAAAUUCUAGACAGUUGCAGCUGACUGAUUCAUAUUAAAUGACACAAUUAAACAGAAUAAAUCUCAAAAGAAAUAUCAAAAAAUGUGCUUUUAGGAUUAAUUAUGAAUUGCUGAAUUCCCCUGUUCCCUGAGAAUGACUCUAAAAAGUGAUUGCAUCGUUAGUGCACUGCAAGGUUUUCUGAGCAGCUCUGUGCUUAGUUACUUCUGUGAAAUGUGUGCUGGUGAUGAAAAUCAGUGCUUGCUCUUGCUGAGCACCACCUUGCAGAGCUGUCAGCAUUGUGUGUAUCGCCUUGAGUUCAGUCAGUAUUCGGUUUUUAAGAAUCAGUGUUUGCUUCCUGCCUCUAGCAAUGUUCUACUUUUUGUAGCCUAUUUAUUUCACCAUGGACUUGGCAAGGCAUAUGGCAUCUCUUAACAGAAGGGAGAACAGCAAGACUCAGAGACAAGCUUUUAUCUUGCUCCACAUAGUCUUCGUUGCGUGUGUUUGCGGGACACAUGCUUACUGUGGCUGUUUUGGAUGAAUAAGGAGUACAGCAUCAGGGUCAGACCUAUAUAAGCACCUUUGUGACAGUUCUUUUAAGACCAGGAUGGCUGAAUGCCUACUCUGCCUCUUGAAGGAGUCAUUUCUUUUCUGCUAGAGAUCAAGGAGACACCACAGUUUAUCUUACUGCAGAAGAAAAAAAGGGCUGGGCUGUGAAGAGGCAUCUGACCCACAUGGAUGCCCUAUCACACAAUGAGACAGGUGGACAGUGCAUAUCUGCCACUAAAAAGGGAAUGAAGUGUAUUCCCUUACCUCUGACUUGCAUAUUGUCUGCCCCUCAUGCUGUUACAAGACCGAGCCUGAACUCUCUGGGGAGUCAGUACAGUGAGAGUCUAAGGCACAGAAAUAGUUCUGCAGAAAAUGAAAAAAAUGAAAAUGUCAAAACCACCAGAGUGACUUGAGAAAGCAGGUACCAUGGUAAACUAGUCAAUAAUUUCUGUAAAAGCAGUGCUGAGCCUCCCCCAAAUACGUUUUGAUGGUCACUUCCACAGGCUGGUACUCCUCUUUCAUAAUGAAUGGAUGUGCACAUGCUCAGAUUCCCCAUCACUGAGCUGAAGAGGACCCUGCAACAACGUAUUAAGAAAAGAGUUUGCAAUAGUGUAAAAUGGAUUACGACUAAGCAGUGCCUAACCUCAGCCUUAUUUUUAGGUUUUGAGCUGGUUCUCUUCCCCCCUCCCCGCCCUUCUUCCUUUGUUAUUAAUUGGCAGCAUUCUUUUCAGAAAUGCUUAGUCCACAACAUCACCUCAGUUGGAUUCAGACUAGGAGACUGUGUUUACCCUCUAUUUCCCCUUCCCUUACCAUUCAUGAACCCUCUGUACCCUCCUGGUGCCAACAGGGUCAACAGGUACAACUGAGAUCAGGCGGGAGACUUUGAGCCCCCUAGAGAAUUGUGGAUACAAGCUGAUGCCACUAGAUAUUUCUUUAAACAAUUUUUUUUUAAAUUAAGUUCAUGUUAUUGUCAAGCAUUCAAGGUUUCCUUUAUUACUGUAGAUAACUGUAGAUAUCUUUUUUUCCUUAUUUCUUGCAUCAUGGUAUUGCACCAAAUAUGAUGGCAACAAUUAUAUUAUCAAAAAGAAAAUUAAGAAAGAAAACCACAUUACGUCCUCAACACCACAAAUUGUAGUUGAAGCGUAAGGAGAUAGUAAGAAC